UACAUUGGCCAAAUGGCCAAAUUCCUCUAUAUGCACACGCCUUUUACGGUGUCUCAGUGGGAGAGAAAUCAAUCUGCAAAUCUGCAAGAAUAGAAUCCGAACGGAAGAGAAAGAACACUUCGAUCUCUUCUACAGAUCGAAGCCACGUUCGCCAUAGCCACAACCUUAAGCACAGUAAUAAGAAAAGGACCAAAAUGUCCUCAUCUUCAUCUGAAAAAGUUAGGGCUUCCCAUAUACUCAUAAAGCAUCAGGGCUCCCGCCGUAAGGCCUCCUGGAAGGAUCCUGAAGGCCGUGUUAUCAGCGCCACCACCCGUGACGAUGCAGUUUCGCAGCUCAAGGACCUACGCGUUGACAUCGUCUCCAGCAAAGCCUCGUUCUCAGAUGUCGCUUCCCGUUACUCCGAUUGCAGCUCCGCCAAGCGUGGCGGGGAUCUGGGUUCAUUUGGCAGGGGUCAGAUGCAGAAGCCUUUUGAAGAAGCAACAUAUGCACUGAAGGUUGGGGAGAUAAGUGACAUUGUGGACACUGAUAGUGGAGUUCACAUCAUCAUGAGAACUGGUUGAUUUAUGGCAUAGUAAAAAUUGUGACUUCCACAAGGAUUAAUUUGACACAGUGAUGAAAACAUAAUUGCAAUAUUGAUGGUUGAUCCAUGUUUAAUCUGGAAUUCAUGUGGGGUUUGAUAUGCUAUCUGAUUUCCAUAUCAUCUUCGUGGCUUGAGCGUGCUUAUCUGGUUUGUUUGGCUUGAUAUUAUGCAAAAAUUGGCAAUGAAUAAACAUUCAGCUUUGUAAUGGCAAAUGAAGUGAUGACUAUGUCAAGUUAGAUAUUUAAUUUAUUUUGAACUUGAUGCUUUA